AUGGCUUGUGAACAGACCUGCAAUUACACCGGCCGCUUCGAGGCGACGCUCUUCCCCAUUACCUACUCGGUGGUUUUUAUCGUCGGCCUCUUCGGGAACUUGGCCGCCGUCGGCGUGAUCGUCCAGCACGUGAAGCGAGGCAAUGUGCUCGGCGUCUACCUGGCCAACCUGUGCGCCUCCGACCUCAUGUACAUCUUCACCCUCCCCGUCUGGAUCGCCUACACGGCCAAGGAGGACUGGCUGUUCGGUGCCCUGACCUGCAAGAUCGUGGGCUUCUUCUUCAACGCCAACCUCUACACCACCAUAGCGUUCCUGAGCUGCAUCGCCGCCGACCGCUUCGUAGCCACCGUCUACCCCUUCCGGGCCGUGUCCUUGAGGACUAUGAAAGGCGCCAUGUUCAUCUGUGCCGUGGUUUGGCUCGUCAUCCUGGGCUAUCACUCCAUCUUCCUCAGUCGGGAUGAGUUGUUCAACUCGAGCCAGAACGUGAAGCUCUGCUAUGAGAAGUACCCGAUGGACCAGUGGGUGGCCCGGGUCAACUACUUCCGCAUCUUCGUGGUCUUCUUAAUACCGUUGGUGCUUCUCGUGGUCUCCUACUGCUCCAUCGUACGCGUCGUCCACCGGAGCCCCAGCUUGGAGAAGGAUCAGAAACGCAAGAUCAUCGGUCUUCUCAUGACGAUGACCGCCAUCUUUGUCGUGUGCUUCCUGCCCUACCACAUCGUCCUCUUCAUCCGCUCCUACAUCAGCGACCGGGAUCUGUGCACCUGCGCCAUCGAGGACGCGGUCCGACCCGCCUACCGGAUCUGCUUCUCCUUGACCAGCCUCAGCAGCGCCUUGGACCCCUUCAUCAACAUCUUCGUCAGCGAAAGCAUCAAGAAGGAUUUGCUGAAGGAGCUCCGGGCCGUGUGGGCCGGUUUCCGGAUCUUGCGGCACCCGCGGGACUCCUUCAGACGCUCCGCGAAGACGGCCGUUUACGACACGGCGUCCCAUCCCGUGGAGAACGACCGCCUCUUGGUGGACCAGAAGAAAGAAGAGACCGCGUUGUGACCGAGGGCCGGAGUUCGCAUUCCAUAAAUUUUACU